CAUCGACACCUAAAAUGGCAACCGCUGGCACUUCGGGACAGGCGACCUUCGGUCUGGGCAGGAGGAAGAAGAACCCUGGUCUACUGGACCAGAUUGGGAAGUUCUUUGGAGGGGACAAGAAGAGGAAGAGCAAGGGGUCCUUCCGGGGUUCCGCCGCCCCCGUCCAGGCCUCCCCUCGUCGCCGUGGGGAAGAGAACGCCGUGGUGCACUUCUUCAGAUCCAUUGUUUCCCCUCCUCCUCCCAAAUCCAGGUGGAGAGGACUUUCUGCCAAAUUAGGCCUGGGGGACCAGAGGUCCUCGCAGUCUCGCUCUGAUGCCAGCAAAUCUCCCUUCAAAGGACAGAAAGACCGCCGGGGAGAAGGGGAGGGCACCCUGUCCAGGAUCUUCAAAAUGGGAGGAAGCCGAUCUGGUUCACCAGCGAAACGCUGAUGUCACUUCCUUCUGAUCCCCUUUUAAAGGAACAAGAUGUCAACUUAAAAGAGGAAAGAAGAAAAAAGGAAGGAAAUCUCCGCUUGACAGACUCACACCUUGCUCUGCUCUUUAACGCACUAAUAACCGCCGCGCCUCGUUUCCCUGGCAGCAGAUAGCAUCGAGACCUCCGCGCAUAGUUAGCCCCGCUGCGAAUCCAGUGCGGUCGCCAUACUGUAUGUGAGACCGUUGUCGAAGACGUCGCUGGUUGCCUCACAAGCUAAGUCCUAAAGGAUUCGGGGUUUCUCUUUUUUUUCUUUGCUACCAUCUUCAAAAUGUCCAAAAAAAAAAAAAACCAAAACAAAAUUAAAAAAACAAAACAAAAAAAACAAAAACAAAA